AUGUCAGACUACCAUAUUCCCGACAAUUUGAUGGCUGAGGUUCUUCUCAGGCUACCAUUUGAUUCCCUGAUUCGAUUCAGGUGCGUCUCAAAAUCAUGGCGCGAUUUGAUCGACAGCCCUUUCUUUAUCGAAGUGCAUUCGGAAAGAUCAAAAGAGUGUCCUCCUCCGCAUUCAGCCGACAACAAGAUUGUUGCAAUCAAGGGAACCACAUUCUACACUUUUGAUUCGGUUUGUAAACUCCGAGGUGGCUUAUGCAGAGCAAUUGCCAGGGAACUCAAUAGCCCGUCUUUGGAAUUUGAAGAACGUGGACUCGAAAUUGUGGGAUCUUGUAAUGGCAUGGUUUGUCUAUGGAAUUUUCGGACAGAUGAACUAGCUUUGUGGAAUCCAUGGAUUCAACACUGCUCUGCAUUGCCUUCGCCUCCGUACGAAUUUACAAAGAAAUGUAGGUGUAGUAUGGGGGCUGCAUUCGGGUACGACCACGUUAAUGAUGACUACAAAGUGGUUAAAUGGCAUAUACAGUUUGUUCCUUACAAUUCUUACCGUGAAUUGCCAAGUUCUUGCCGAUAUGACCUCUGUGUUUAUAGCUUGAAGCUCAAUUCAUGGAAGAGAAUACAAAGUAGUUGUAUUCCAUUUGAGCUGCCAGAAUUCUACUACUUUCCUGCCGAUUGCGCCUUGGUAAAUGGGGAAUUACACUGGCUGGUGACUGAGAUUUCGUGGGGUUUCGAAACAUUCAUUCUGGCCUUUGAUCUUGGAAGUGAGGAAUUCCGCAAAAUGUCAUGUGGUCCUGGCAACACAGAUUCACCAGACUUGAUCAGCUACAUUCAUGACCCGAAGUUGUGCAAUUUGAAUGGCUACCUUUCGUUCUUCUGCAACAAGAUGUUUCAACGGGAAAGAAAACGAGUAGGAGAGGUAUGGAUAAUGGAGGAUUAUGGAGGAGAAUGUGAGAGUUCCUGGACUCAAUUAGCCUCCAUUGACUUUCCUGAUUAUAAUCAAGGAUAUUGGGGUUUAAAACCAGUGACAUUCUCCAAGAAAAAGAAGAAAAUGCUGCUGCAGAGUGGAUGGGAAAAGCUAGUGCUUUAUGACCUUGACAAGAAAUCAGUCAGAGAUGUAACCAUAAGUGGUGAGGCAAGUUGUUCUGCAUCCUGCGUUUCUGCUGGAAGUCUCAUUAGCCCUUUUUCUUGGCUCUGUUCUGCGGGAGGAACAGAUCAUAGUUAAUUUUAUAUUCAUCAUGAGCAAUUAAGAAUGCAAAAUGAAAAUUCUCCCUCCGAAAUUUUGUUUUACACUUGGUGCAUCUUCUAG